GCUUUAUUUAGAUGUAAACGUUACCUUGUUUUCGUGAUGUCGUUUCAUACGAAAUCAAUAGAACGUAUCCUCAGCCCAGUAGCUCAACAGGUUUUAAAGCUAAUAUUGCUGUUUGAGGAUGCUGGAUCAGGUACAGAGAUUCCUGAUCUGGAAUUUCGCGUAAAUGUUGUAAAACUUGCAGUUGAAAACCUUAUAAAGGUUGGUCACCAAACAAUCGAGGCUAGUGAUGACCAACUGCUACAGAGAGAUAUGCCGCCCUCACUCAAGCGUGUUGAAGAUGCAUCUUUUUAUCUCCAGGAUGCUGUCGUACUGUUGCAAAACGACCCAAACUCUUCAGAAGCACGAAGAAAACUGAUUGAAGGAUCUAGAGGUAUACUACAGGGAACAUCAUCUGUACUUCUUACCUUUGAUAUGUCUGAAGUACGAAAAAUCAUCAGACACUGCAGACGAGUACUUAGUGUCCUAGCCACUGCGGAACAUGUUUCGAGUCUCACUGGUUUGGCUGAUUUUGUUAAGCGACUAACCCCUUGUAUGGCGGAUAUGAUUAAAGAAGUAGACAAUCGACAGGAAGAAUUGACUAUUCAGUCUCACUCUGCUCUGCUUCUUAGGGGUAUAGAACAAGUGAAACGUCUUACGCCUAUUUUAAUAUCGUCUUUGAAAUUGCACGUAAAUACACAUCAAAAUCAUCUACCUGGAGCUGCUGAAAGUCAAGCAAACCGAGAUUUCUUGUUGUCUGAAAUGUCCAGUGAAGUACAUGAAAUUAUACGUGGCUUACAGCUUACCGAAACGGACUCAUCAGAGUUAUUCGAUGAUGACUUAGCGGCUAUGCAUAUGAAUAAAGCAGCUUUUGAUAGCCGUCUACAGUUUGUCAGUGACUGGAUUUCUGAUUCGAAUUGUUCCGUUGCAAUGACAGCUGGUGAGAAAGCACUGAAUCAAGUUUUGAAUUCAGCAAGAAAUUUAGCCAAUUUAAAUCAAACAAGUUCAAAUAGUAAAGCAAUAAUCCAUUUAUGCGAUGAAUUAAACGAUUAUGCACAGUCACUUAUUCACUUACGAAGAAGUGGUCAUGGUAAUGGAUCAGAAGCAAGUCAUAUUGCCAAUACACUUAGUACAAAAUUAAAUCAAUUAUCUAGAUUAUGUAAAGAUUUAUCAUUACGUGAUCAUAAUGGUGGUGGCGUUGGUGAUCAACAGCAUCAUACAUGUAAUCCAUUAUUUCGUUUGGCUAGAACACUUGAAGGCAAACUAGUUCAGGCUCAACGUUGGCUAGCUGAUCCUCGUGGUCCAUUACGUCAUGUUGGCUUAGAAGCAUGUCGUUCAUUAGCUCAAGGUGCAAGAAGUAUUAUAAUGUCAUCUGAUAGUAAUGAUGUUUCUGCCAAUAGCAAUAAAAUAAAUGCUAACAGUAGUCCGUCUGAAGACAAGGGGACCAAUGAUGCUUGCUUAGAAUCAUGUGAACAUAUCGAGAGAGUUUCUGACAAACUUUUUGCAAUAUCUUCUCAACCAUUAACGGCAGAAAAUGAAAUCAGUCAACAAGAUUUAGCAAUGGCUAUCAGUCGUAGUUUGGCAUAUAUAUGGCAAACAUUAGAGAAAUUAUUAACAAGACAAAUUGCUGAAGUCUACACAGAUCUUGUUGGACCAUUACGUCAAUUAGUAGAAUCUGCAUCUCCAUCAUCUGGUAAUUUACCAGAUCAAAAUGAUUACAAUGUGAAAAUGAAAGAAUUUCUAACUCAAUGUAAUCAACUUGUCAAUACUGGAGAAUUAGCUGCAGCUACAAAAUUAUCCGAUGUAUGGCGUUCUGAUGCAUUACGUUGUUUAACUAGUCAACUUAAUGAAUUAGGUGCACAAGUUGUAUUAGCUGGUCGUGCAGUUAUCCUAUCAGCUGAUCCAAAUUUACAAUUACAACCUGGUGGAGCUAGUUUGAAACAAGCUACAUCAGAUCAUUUUCUUAUGAUGCGUCAACAUUGGACAGAUACUGCUGAACGUAUGAGAGCAUUAGUUGAUGAAGCUGUUGAUGCUAAUGCAUUCAUAGCUGCUCAAGAGAUUGGAAUGUUACGUGAUUCGGCCAAAACAGAAAAUAGUAUUGCUGCAAUAUCAACAACUGGUGUAGUUGAAUCUACAACACGUAUUGCACGACGAGCAAAUCGUGUACUUCAAUUAAUCACACGAGAAGCAGAUAAUAGCGAAGAUCCAUUGUAUGUUGAUCGAAUGAACGAUGCUGUGAAGGCUUUACGAUCAACUAUCACACCAAUGGUAAAUGAUGCUAAAGGUUUAGUAACAAAUAUUGAAGAUCCACGUAUGCAUGAUCAAUGGCGUUUAUCAAAUCGUAAUUUAUUAACUGCUGUUAAUUCAGUAAAACAAGCUGUUAGUCCAUCAUUUAAUAAUCCUAUUAAUUAUUAUCAUGAACAUUAUCGUCCAGUAUCCAUACAUAAAAAUGGAAUUAAUAGUACAAGUACAAGUAUUAGUAGUAAUAGCUGUAAUAAUAUACAUAAUAAUAAUAAUAACAACAAUAGUGUCUCAUCAUCUAAAUCAUCACACGCUUCUAUUAAAGAGACAACACCUUCAAUUCCUCUUCGAGAAAUGCAAGAAAUAUCAAUUACAGAUGUUUCUCAUAUACCAUAUUCAUAUAUUGACAAUAAUAAUAGUAAUGAUUACAUUUAUCAUACAUCACAUUAUCAUCAUAAACCUGUGUACGAAAUUAAAUUAUCUAAUUCUCUUCAUCAUUCACCAUCAUCACCACCACUGCCACAUCAUCAAAAACAACAUAUCACUACUACUAGUCAUCAUCAUCAACAACCUUAUUCAUCGCCUACACAUUCAUAUCAGCAAUCCAGUCCACUUCAUCAAGCAUACUCACCUGGGCAAUAUACUAAUAAUAAUAGUAAUAAUAAUCUACAUUCACCACCAUCACCCCCUUACCAACAACAAAAUCAUCACUAUCAUCCUCAUAACCAUUCAAAACAUCAUUAUCAUCAUCAAACUGAAAACAUAAAUACUUAUUUAACAAUGAAACAAAAUAAUGAUUAUUUAUGUACAGAUGAAGAUCGACAACAACAAUCUGGUACUAUUUCUUUAGAUGAUGCUGUAUCUACUACAACAACAGCAGCUGGUGUUCCUGCACGAACUAGUACACCUGAUACGGAAGUUGAUGAAGAAUUCAACUUUCCACCACCUGAAGAAAAUCAACCAAUUAUGGCCGCUGCUCAUGCAUUACAUCAUGAAACACGAUUAUGGUCUAGUCGAGAUAAUGAAUUAAUUGCAGCAACUAAACGUAUGGCUGCUUUAAUGGCUCAAUUAAGUCAAAUUGUUCGUGGUGAAUACGGUACAAAGAAGGACCUGAUUAAUGUUUCUAUGGCUAUUGCUGAAGCAUCUUUGGAUGUUAAUCAAUGUGCAAAAGUAUUAGCUAAAGAAUGUACAGAUCGUCGUAUACGUUCGAAUCUUUUACACCUAAGUGAUCGUAUUCUCACUAUUGGGAACCAAUUGAAAAUUUUAUCUACUGUAAAAGCCACUAUGCUUGGAACACAAGAUGAUUCCUGGUUCGAAGCUCCAUUACAAUCGGAACUUGAUUGUGGUUCUACAGAAGAUCAAGAAAAUACUGAAUCAUUAGUAGGUAAUGCACAAAAUUUAAUGCAAUCUGUUAUUGAAGCAUUACAUAUUGCUGAAGGUGCCAGUAUUAAAAUGCGUGUGAAUAAUGGACAAAAAUUUAUUUGGCAUCCACGUAUAAAAUCAAAUUCUUAUUAUCAUAAUAAUAAUAAUAAUAAUAAACAAUUACAUUCAAUUGUACGUUAAUUUAUAAAUGAUGAUAUGAAAUUGUAAAUGGAAUAUAAUAUCCAUUAUAAAAAGAGACAUUCAAUAAGAAAGAUUCAUUCAGUCGAGAAGAGUUAUCUUUUCAGCUAAAGUAAUCUUCCAUGUAUUGUAAAUAUGUUCUUCAGUAUUAAUUAAGGUAUAUAUAUAUAAUACUGUCGAAGAAUCAAGUGCUUUACCUACCUUUGUUAUUUUCAUUCUUUUCUCUUCCUUUCCUUUAUAUAUCUAUCUUUUAUCACUUCAAUUACAUUAUCUAAUAUAAAUAAUACUAUACCAUUUGAAUUUCAUUCGUAUAUAUCUAUAUUGAACUCUUUAUUAGUUCUUAAUGAAGUUUUGUUCUCUAAGCUGGAUAGUUUGGCCAUGGAGCACUUCUAUCUGAAGUUUGUACUGAUGUUGUUGUUGUUCAGAAGAACAAUGAAAGCUCCAUGACCAAACUAUCCAGGUAAGAGAACAAAACCUCAUCAAAAUCAUCCACCUGAGUUAUAAAUCUUCACCAACUCUUUAUUAGUGUAUAUUGUGCUUAUUUCAUCUAUUUGACAAAUAUGGAUUGUUUUGUAAAAUGUUUUCACUUAUUUUCAUCAAUUGACUUUGUGUGUAUGUAUGUAUGUAUCUAUGUGUGUGUUCAGUGUGUAGAUGAGACUGAUUUCGCAAUACAGUUUGAUUUGAAGUUGUUGUUGUUAAUCGUUGAAAAAUUCCCAUGAUAUUAGAACAUAAUUAUAUAAACUUCUUCGACCUUAUCUAUAAAGUAUAUGGUUCUAUAAUGCAGUAUCUUAAUAUAAAGUUCCUUUUUUGUGUUAUUGCAAAGCAAUAAAACUAUGAAAGUUUGUAUAUUGAUUAGUUCAAAUAAUUUUCUUUUUUGUUUGUUUAUGUUUCUUCUUCUUAGUGACCUCUCUAUAGUCCUUGUAAGUAAUUGUGUUCUUUGUUGUUGUCUUAUUCUAAUAUUGUACUUGUAUAUUUAAAGACAAUUAAUAUUGUAUAUUGAUAGAAUAAAAUGUUUCUUGUGUCUUAUGUCAUAUAUUUAACCGGUAAUAUAUAUAUAUAUAUUUUACAAUCUUGUUAUUGUUACCAUGGUUACAAUUCGAUGAAAGUAAACAAAUGUUUAUUUAUUUCACUGAAAUAUUCUUGCAUCUCUUUAUAUUUUAAUUAACUAUAAACAGCUUUCUUUUCCUUUAUUCAAUUAGCUUGUUUGUUUAUUUAUUUUUUAUCUUUUGUUCUUGUUUUACUAAUUUGUUAACGAUAAAACUAAUUUUUUUUGGGGGGGGGUUAAAAUCAUUUCUGGAAAUUAUUGUUGAUAUUAACUUCGUUUAUUUUGUUUUUUCUUGAUACAUAUAUAUAUAUAUGUAGGUUUGUAUAUUGAAUGGUUGUUUAUUUUGCAAUUUAGGCGCCAAUUCAUAUAACAAUAAUAUGCAUAAGCUUUUUGUUUUUAUUGUAAUAAAUUGCAUGAAAUUCUGAUGAAUAACUAUAA